UUCUUCAACCUUUCUUUUUCACAAUUUUCUUCUUCAAAAUUUGUUUAAUAGAUUAAAAAAAAAAUUCAAAUCAUAAGUAUCCGACCUACAAGAGGUAGUUUUUAGCUUACUGUCCUCCAUUGUUUCAUUAAGUGGAAACUUUGUCACCUCUUGAUGGAGAGAAUCAAUGUUGGUUUUUGAAGACCGUAGGAGACAGUGCCUUAGUACUGUUAUUUGCUUCACAUUCUGCUUGCAAAAGUAUUGAGUCGUGUAAUUUAUGGAAUUCUUCUGGGUAUUUUUCUUCCUUGGCAAUUGUAUAGAUCAACAUGGCUAGACUCCAGAAAUCUAACUAGAGUUCCUUUUUUAGAAUGAGAGUCAUGUUGUGACCUUUGUCAACAUUGUUGUAAUUUAUCUUUCACUAACCUUAUUAUUAUACUACUUAAAAGAUUAUAUGAUUUAAAAUAAUUAAGAUAUCAGUAUUCGAGAUUGUAGAACGUGCCAAGCAAGAUAAUACUACUUAAUUCCUAUUACUUAAUCCUUACUGGGACCAUACAUGCCACUUCUCUCGUACCCUGUGUUCACAGCAUGUGCCAAGCAAGAGUGACAAUAUUAUAGACUACUCCACACUUUUGUUUUAGACCGGUUUAUUACUUUAUUGCAUUUACAAACCAAUCUCUAACUUCCUCUCUUCCUGUCCAAUCUAAUCCUCUCGAUCUUGAUCAUGGCGGUGGUUGCUGUUGGUGAAGCAUUUCUCUCCGCUUUCAUUGAAGUUGUCAUCGACAGGCUUGCUUCUCCUCAGGUUGUUGACUUGAUCCGUGGGAAGAAACUUGACGUCAAUUUGGUUCAACGGUUGAAGAACACUCUUUACGCUGUUGAAGCUGUGCUUAACGAUGCUGAACAGAAGCAGAUUCAUGACUCUGCUGUUAACAACUGGCUUGAUGAUCUCAAAGACGCUCUCUAUGUUGCUGAUGACAUUCUCGACCACAUCUCCACCAAAGCUGCUCUUUCCAAGAAGAACAAGCAGGUGAGUACUGUUAACUACUUCUCCCGCCUUUUCAACUUUGAAGAAAGGGAUAUGGUUCGUAAGCUGGAAGAUAUAGUUGCCAGACUUGAAUCCAUUCUCAAACUUAAAGAUAUUCUUGGUCUUCAACUUAUUGCAACUCAUCACUCAUCCUGGAGAACUCCAUCUACCUCUUUAGAAGACAGAUCUGUCAUAUUUGGUAGGGAUCAAGACAAAGAGGCCAUACUCAAAUUACUCUUACACGAUGAUGAUGACACUGCUGUCAUCCCCAUUGUUGGCAUGGGUGGCCUUGGAAAAACAACUUUAGCCCAAUUUGUGUACAACCAUGACAGUAUAAAGCACAAAUUUGAUGUUCAAGCAUGGGUUUGUGUUUCUGAUGAUUUCGAUGUUUUGAAGGUUACCAAGUUCAUUGCGGAGGAAGUGGGAAGUGCUUGUAACACAAAUAACUUGAAUAUCCUUCAUCGAGAUUUGAAGGAAAAGCUGACCGGAAAGAGGUUCUUAAUUGUUUUGGAUGAUGUCUGGACCGAGGAUCACGACUCUUGGAAUUCUCUUUUAAAGCCUCUUCAAUAUGGAACUAUGGGAAGUAAAAUUCUUGUAACUACCCGUAUUGAAAAAGUUGCUUCUAUGGUCCAAACUAUUCAACCUUACUCUCUUCACCAAUUGUCUGACGAAGAUUGUUGGUCAGUGUUUGCUAACAAUGCUUGCCUUUCUCCAGAUGAGAAUAUGGAUCUCCAAAAAAUUGGCAAAGAGAUUGUUAAAAAAUGUAAGGGAUUGCCUUUAGCAGCUCAGUCACUUGGGCGCUUGUUGCGAGAAAAACGUGACAUCAGGGAUUGGAAUAGUAUACUGAAUAAUAAUAUUUGGGAGAAUAAGAGUAAGAUCAUUCCAGCAUUGAGAAUUAGUUAUCAUUAUCUCCCCCCAUAUUUAAAGCGUUGCUUUGUAUAUUGUUCAUUGUUUCCCAAAGAUUAUAAAUUUGAUAAAGAUGAAUUGAUCUUGUUGUGGAUGGCGGAGGAUCUUUUACAUCCUUCAGAAAAUAACAAGACUUUAGAAGAAGUUGGUCAUGGGUAUUUUAAUGACUUAGUUUCCAAAUCAUUUUUUCAACAUUCUGACAAUGGGAACUUCAACCAACAUUUUGUAAUGCAUGAUCUUGUGCAUGAUUUGGCAACAUGGCUUGGUGGAGAAUUCUAUUUUAGAACAGAAGUAAUUGGGAAAGAUACGAUGAUUGGUACCAAGACUCGUCAUUUGUCAUUUUCCAAGUUCAGUGAUCCAAUCUCAGCAAACUUUGAUAUUUUCGGUAGAAUAAAAUGUCUAAGAACAAUCUCGCCAAUAUAUUUAUGGAGUGAUCCAUUCAACAAAGAAAAAGCGUCAUGCUUCAUUUUGUCAAAUUUGAAGUACUUGAGAGUUUUGAAGUUUGGCAACUUUGAAGGUCUUGAUGCAUUUCUUGAUUCAAUAGAUGAACUAAUCCAUUUGCGUUAUUUGGAUCUCUCUUACACAUCUAUAAAAAUGUUACCUGAAUCAUUAUGUAACUUGUAUAAUCUACAAACAUUAAAGUUGCACCACUGUAUCCGUCUAACAAGGCUUCCCAAUGACAUGCAAAAUCUUGUAAAUUUGCGCCAUCUGGAAAUUCAGGGAACUAAUUUAGAAGAGAUGCCUAGAGAAAUGAGCAAACUGAUUAAUUUGCAACAUUUGGGUUGCUUUGUUGUGGGAACGCUGGAAGAGAAAGGGAUCAAGGAAUUGGGAACACUUUCGAAUCUACUUGGAUCACUUUCCAUUACGAAGUUAGAGAACGUGACCAACGGAUUUGAAGCAUCACAGGCAAAGAUAAUGGAUAAAAAGUACCUUGAUAAAUUAUCAUUUGUAUGGUCUGAAGAUGCAAAGAACCAUUUUACCAGUUCACAAAGUGAGAUGGAUAUACUUGGAAAGUUACAACCUUCCAAGAACCUGAAAAUGCUAGGUAUUCAUGGAUACAGAGGCACACUAUUUCCAGAAUGGGUUGGACAUUCUUCCUACCAAAAUUUGACUCAGGUAUCUUUGUAUGGUUGUUUGAAUUGUUGUAUCCUUCCAUCACUCGGACAAUUAUACUCUCUCAAGGUCUUGACAAUCAGUGAAAUGAAUAUGCUGGAGACUAUUGGAUCUGAAUAUGAUGAUACCUUUUCAGGGACAUACUUUCCUUCCCUUGAAUGUCUGGAGUUUGUCAAGAUGUCAUGUUGGAGAGUGUGGCAUCAUCCUCCUGAGUCAAAUGCUCAUUUUCCAGUAUUGAAGUAUAUUGAGAUUAAUGAUUGUCCCAUAUUACAUGGGGAUUUGCCAUCUUAUCUUCCUGCUUUGGAAACAAUUCGUAUUGAUGGAUGCAACCAGCUUGUUUCUUCUCUCCCAAGGGCUCCUGCCAUCCGCAGAUUAUACAUAUUUGAAAGCAAUAAUAUAGCCUUGAAUGAGCUACCCCUUUCAUUGGAAGAGUUAGAUGUUGGAGGAAGUGAGGUGACAGAGUCUGUCUUUGAAGCCAUUACCAUCACCCCACCAAUUUCUCUUAAAAUAUUAGCCAUCAAGGAUUGUUCUUCUGCGAUAUCGUUUCCAAGAGAUUGUUUACCCUUAUCCUUAGAGAGUUUGUCCAUCACAAAUUCUAAUAAUCUAGAUUUCCCAAAGCAAAAUCACGUGCAUGAGUCACUUAAGUAUCUUCGUAUAAAUAGGAGUUGUGAUACUCUCAUAACCCUCCCACUGGAUACCAUUCCCAACCUUCAUCAUCUGCAAAUCCACAAUUGUGAAAACUUAGAAUGUCUUUCUGUCUCAAAGUCUCUUCAAAAUCUAGUUUAUAUUGAAAUUCGUGACUGCCCCAAAUUUGUAUCAUUCCCAAGAGAAGGACUGUCUGCACCCAACUUGACAUUAUUGUUUGUCUCCAACUGUGUCAACUUAAAAUCACUGCCUUGUCAUAUAAGUACUCUUCUCCCAAAGUUAGAGCGUGUGUGUAUAUGUGAUUGUCCAAAAUUGGAGACGUUUCCUAAAGGGGGUAUGCCACCUAGCUUGAGAGCAAUUUGGAUUGGGAAUUGUGAAAAAUUAAUGAUGAGCUCAUCUCUAACUUCAAUGGACAUGCUUACCCAUCUUUCCAUUGAUGGUCCAUGUGAUGGUGUCGAGUACUUUCCAAAGAAGGGUUAUCCAUUGCUGCACCCCUCCCUUACCUACCUGCAUAUAUAUAACUGUUCAAGUUUGCACACGUUGGAUUGCACGGAGCUUCUCCACCUCACUUCCCUGCAAACAUUAAUAAUUAGAUGUUGUCCCAAGCUGGAGAAUAUAGUGGGAGAAAGGCUGCCUGCUUCUCUAAUAGAACUUAAAAUCUCUGCAUGUCCUUUGCUGAAAGAACAGUACCGCGUGAAAUACCCACAAAUUUCCCACAUCCCUGGCAUUACAGUUGACGGAAAAUGGAUUUAGUAAGCUUGAAGUUGGUUUGCAGUUUGUUAUACAUAUAUGGACACUUCCAUCAAUUAAACUACAAUUUCAGAUAUUGAAGCGGCUUACUCCCAUGUUGAUUAUGCCUGGAAUAUCAAUCAAUCAUGGCUUUGGUUUGGACAAUCAUGCCACUAUCCUGAAAACAGCAAGAAUUUUGCUAAUGUGUGCCCUUUUAGGGGGAAUACAAAUAAUGGCACAAUGGAGCAGUGCAAAUUUUCUUCUUUCUGCCAUAGAUAGAUCCAUAAUUUUCCUUUGUAAAGAAUGUUAGCGGCAGUCAUUUCGGUUGAUGUUGUUAUGUAUUGGUCACUUGCCAACUGGAGAGAUCCCUUUGCUAGAUUUAAUUGAAAUGUAAAUGGCUUAUCAUAAAUGGGAAAUUCUGAAAUAUGCUAUCCAAAUGGUGUAUCUUCUGCCAUGUUGGGACUUAUUUCCUUGAGCUCAAGUGGCACAUUCGGACCACAUUUCACUGGUAAGGCUUGGGUUAGCAUUUGUUUCAGUUGAUACAUUAUUCUGAGCAUACAUUGUGCAUAAGCAACUUAGGAAAAGUCUGCUCUGAUAAUGGCGAUUUGGAAUGGGGUUAUAGAGUCGUGUAUUUAUUCAAUGAAUCUGAAAAAGGUAAAUUUUGCUUAUAAUAUGAGACGGAUGGAGUAUUCUUUAAGAGAGAAAAACGAUUAUCUCAUUUAACUGUUAUAACACUUUAAUUUAGACAUGUUUAAUUGUGAUGUGCAACCCCCACUCUCAAGCAACUUCUUUGUUUCCUCUGUGAUCUAGCUGUACAAAUCAAUAAUGCCAAUUGUACAAAACUAAAUAGGAUGAAAAAAGUAAUGCAAGUGGAAGCUGGUUGUCAAAUUAAGAGUCUAAAAGUCAAUGGCCCAUCAAGCAAAAUUAAAUGUUAAUGUGAAUGAUAACCAUAUACUCUACUUAGUUAUUUGUUUUAUAACCAAAACCUUAAUCAGUUAAUCUUACUCCUCAAUUAGAACUCCUUGGAAGGAAGAAACUGAAAAUGAAGUUUCAUAAGGAGUAUCUGGAUUUGAUUUUGGUCCCUUGUGGAUUGCUAAUCAUGUUCGCUUAUCACCUCUUUCUGCUUCACAGAUACAUCAACCGGCCUCACACCACAGUCAUGGGAUUUGAAAACAAUGACAAAAGAGCAUGGGUUGACAGAAUUAUGCAGGCAAGCUGAAAAAAGGGAUGUUAACACAGCUCUAUCUGUCAUUCAAUCCAACACAUCAGCUGCGACAUUCUUGGCCUCAGUUUCUUUGACACUUUCUUCUCUAAUUGGAGCUUGGAUUGCCAAUAACUCCAAUAUUUUCUUCCAAAGUCAAUUAAUCUAUGGUGACACAAGUGCAACCACAAUUUCCAUCAAGUAUAUUUGCCUACUGACAUGCUUUCUCCUUGCUUUCUCAUGCUUUAUUCAAUCAGCAAGACACUUUGUUCAUGCAAACUAUUUGGUAAGCAUACCGGAUAGUUUUGUUCCAAUUAGUAGUGUCGAAUUAGCAGUCAUAAGGGGUGGUGAUUUUUGGUCGCUCGGUCUCUGAGCUCUUUAUUUUGCAUUAAACUUGCUUCUUUGGUUCUUCGGUCCGAUACCUAUGUUUAUUUGCUCAUUGGUUAUGGUUAUGGUUCUUCAUUAUCUUGACUCCAACUCAAGGCCACUGCAUCUGCAUCCUACUAGAUCUCAGGCUGGCAAGUUUCAGAUGGCAAAGAACAAUGGAUUCAACGUUGUUUGAUAAUGAAGCACAAAUUCGGUGAUGUUGAUGUAUGAAAAACAAUGUAUCUUAUUCUUCUCAGUGAUUAUAUGAUUACAUCAGAAUUUUCUUAAGAAAGCAAUAAAAAUGAAAAAUAAGAGUAGAGGGUUGAAUAACAUGGAAUAUAUGUCUUAGAAGCUAAGAUUUGUUCAACACCGCGCAUAUGGUUAAUUACUUGCUGCACAAGUUAAUGUGUGUAGGCAUCUUGCUUCCACUAAUACGGAUUGGAUAAGCCUUAAACUCCUAAAUAACACAAAACAUAUGAGUUUCUAACAUAUUCCAUAUUGAUAGUGGAGAUAACUUAUAACCAAUCUAAACAAGUGAUUUGAAAUGUAAUAAGGAUGUUAAAUGUAAUACAGUAAGUUAAAAGAGAAAGGUUAGAGAGAAGGAACACAUAGAGUUAUACUGGUUCACCAAAAGUGGUUAGUGUACUCUUCAUGGUAUUUGAGUAUUUUUUUACUGAUGUUUGAAAUAGCUUUUCUUGAAAGUACUAUUUCAACACGUUGUAUUCUCUUAAUCUCACCAUGCUUACACUUCUUAAUGUUUCGGACACGCUUUUUUCCAGAAGUGCUGGUGCUACUUGUAAUCACAUUAUUCAACCAUUUAUAAGCAAACAAAUUAGUACAUUUCUUAUUCAAAAGGAAAUAUGGUUACAAAACAAAAUCAUUUUGGCCACUUAGAACAAACCACAACAGUUUUUCUCAGAGUUCCAACUUUGAAUCAAAAUAAGAAAACAAUGGAAACCACCAACAGUUUUGCAUUGUUGUCUCCCUCUCUUACCUCCCUAGAUCUAUU